AUGGCGAAUUAUGCAAUUUCCAACGGAGUUAAAUUUUCGGUGGCCGAGAGGUCUAAUGCGAUAAGCUAUACACUAGUAUGUGUGUCCGAAGAGUGUGAUUGGAAAUUUAGGGCAUCGAGCGUUGGUAAAUCAGAAAUGUUCAGGGUUAGGGAGUUUCGUAACAAGCAUACAUGUCCGCUAAAAGAUAAGGUGUAUUCACAACGCCAUGCGACAAGUUGGUUGAUAGGUGGAAUUGUAAAGCCAAAAGUAGCCAACCAUAAGUGGAAAUACACACCUAAUGAUAUAGCGGAGGAUGUAAAAAAUGAUCUUGGAAUGGAUGUGACCUAUAUGGUUGCUUGGCAGGCUAAGGAAAAAGCAAUGAAGGAUUUAAUGGGUGAACCAUCGGAUUCUUACAAAAAAGUGCCAAUUGUUGUAGUUGACGGGAGCCACCUCAAAACAACAUACAACGGAACGUUCGUUUCAGCAAGCACAUUAGACGGUGCAGGUAAUAUACUUCCUUUAGCAUAUGGUGUGAUAGAUUCAGAAAAUGACAGGUCUUGGAUGUGGUUCUUUGAGCGAUUCAGGGAAGCGUAUGGUGUAAGAGAUAACAUGUGUAUUGUUUCCGAUAGGCAUGAAAGCAUAAACAAAGCUGUUUCUAGAAUCUAUCCGAAUGUGCCGCAUUAUGCAUGCAUAUGGCAUCUUUAG